AUGCCCGCCCACCUCGUCCAGGAGGAGGUGAGCGCCGCCCGGAGCGAGCGAGGGGAGGGGGCGCCAGCGCUGCGCCACGGGCCGGGAGGAGGGAGGGGGCGGCGGCUGCAGCAGCGCCCUGGGCGAGCAGAGCGGAGCGGGUCCGGGGCCGCAUCCCCAGCGCCCUUCCUUCCUUCCUGGGCUCGGCGGGGGCGCCCCGCCCAGCACGGCCAGGGGGCGCGCGGCUGGGCUCCCCCCCCCGACGGGCUGCGCAGGGCCCGCUUGGCGCUGCGGGCGGGGCGGCGUAAGCGCGGGCCCGCUCGGGAGGCGCGCCCCCGUGCCGAGGGCGACGGCGACGGCGGGAAUGCCCACCGCCCCUCGGAGUUCCCUCCGAUUUACCCCACCGCCUUUGCUUCCAAGGCCCAGAAUGGGGCAGCUGUCACCGAGAAAGAAGUCCCCACCGGCGAAGACCUGGGAGCAGAGAGAGGCAUGACUGACGACAUCUUUGAUGAGACCUACCGGGAGAAGACGGGCCCCAAGCCUGCCGUGAUCUAUGUCUGGAGGAACAUCAUCCUUAUGGCCAUACUCCACGCAGCCGCCCUCUACUCCCUCUCCAUCAUUCCCGCUGCAAAGUUUGCCACCUUGCUCUGGGGGUUUGUGUGCUUCCUUAUUAGCGGUUUGGGAAUCACGGCAGGGGCGCAUCGUCUCUGGAGUCAUCGGUCUUACAAAGCGAGCUUUGCUCUCCGGCUCUUACUGGCUAUCGCCAACUCCAUGGCCUUUCAGAAUGAUAUUUAUGAGUGGGCCAGAGACCACCGCGUCCACCACAAGUUCUCUGAAACAGAUGCUGACCCCCACAAUGCAACUCGGGGUUUUUUCUUCUCCCACGUCGGCUGGCUGCUGGUACGCAAACACCCGGACGUCAUUGCGAAGGGCAAGAAGUUGGACCUUUCCGACCUGAAGGCAGACAAAAUUGUGAUGUUCCAGAGGAGGUAUUACAAGACCUCGGUGCUGCUGCUGUGCUUCGUGUUCCCUUCCUUCGUGCCUUGGUACUUCUGGGGAGAAAACUUUUGGACCAGCUUCUUACUGGCUGCCAUCCUCCGCUACACCGCCAUCCUGAACGCCACCUGGCUGGUCAACAGUGCUGCCCACAUGUAUGGCAACCGGCCCUACGACCACCACAUCAAUCCCAGGGAAAACCACUUAGUCGUCUUUGGAGCAUUAGGCGAAGGCUUCCACAACUACCACCACACCUUCCCCUACGACUACUCCACCAGCGAGUACGGCUGGAGGUGGAACUUCACCACGAGUUUCAUCGACCUCAUGUGCCGCCUCGGCCUGGCGAACGACUGCAAGAAAGUGUCCCAGGCGACUGUCCUGGCGCGGAAAAUUCGGACUGGGGACGGGAGCCACAAGACCGGCUGAAGGCCCGCGGCCCUCCCC